GCUCAGGCCCUUGGGCCCGCGGGGCGGCGCGCCUCCCCGGCCUGCCAUGCCGCUCGGCUUCGGCGCCCUGCUGUCGCCGGCAGGAGGCGAGGCCGGGGCCGAGGCCGCGGCCGCGGCGGCGGGCCCGGCCUCGCCAUGGGACCGGGAGGCCGACCGCGUGGCCCUGCAGGCCCUCGUAGCGGACCGGGGCAACCGGCUGCUGCAGGGCCAGAUGAGCUCGGACGGCGUCGUUGACAUCUGGAAGACCGGCGCAGAGGUGCCGCUGCCCCAGGGCAAGCUCCUGCCGAGGGACUACGUCGACGCCUGCGGGCGCUUCAACAUGCGGCCCGUCUGCGGAGGCGGCCAGAAAUGCCAGUACGCGGACCAGCACUGCACUGUGCUGUCGUCCAUGAAGAAACUCUGCGGUGUGCCCAUGCGCUCGAUCGCCGAGAGGAUGGGCCUGGACGAUUCCGACGACCCGGCUCUGACAGGCGUGUGCACCUACAUGUCGGCGCGGCCCCGCGUGGGCAAGCUGGCGCCCUGGAGCUCGGGCUGCUGCGGGGGGCCCAACUGGUGCAACCCGGGCAACGCCGUCAAGGGGCAGCGGUGGGCGCUCUGCGCGGGGCAGCCCCAGGUCCCCCCCCGCCGGCCCAGGGCCCUGCUCGGGCGCCCCUGCGAGACGCCCGGCGGGCCCCUGCCCAGCGACGCCCUGGCGGCGACGUUCGCGAGCGGGGCCAACACCUGCGGGAAGGUGCAUGACGACGUCGACCUGGACGACGACGGGAGCUCUCACCUGACUCGCCGGCUGAGCCCGUGCGAGCUGGAGGCGCCGACCUGGCUGCAUGCGAAGCUGAUGUGCCCCGAGCAUCCGGACGGGAACGGCUGGGUGAUGAGGCAGGCUGAAGCUGGCGUGUCAGCGCUGGCGCUGGCGCCUGCCUUCUUGCCACGGCGCCCCGGCGGGGCCCGGCUGGCCCCCCGCGGGCCACUGCCGCGGGCGCCGCGGCGGGGCGGGCGCUUCCUGUGAGACGGGCGCGGCGCGGCGCGCGCGCGCGCCGCGCGCGCGGCGAGCUGCACCUCUCGCCGGCCGCGCCCCCCGCUCCUCGCCCUCCCUUGUACGACCUCGUCGGUGCCUCGGGGCUUCCUCACCCUGCCUCGGGAGAGGCGUCCCAGCAGCCGCGCCCCGCCGAGAGCGCUCUCCAGGGCUGCCCGAGCCGUCCUGGACGGCGGCCGAAGACCUGGGAAGUGGCCCUGAGAGCAUGGACCUCGCGUGCCCGGCGGAGGCGCAC